AUGUGGUCGGAAGACGCCAUCGUCGGACAACGCCCGUUACCCACACCGCAUUCUGAUAGCGACGAUAACACGCAACCAAUACGACACCGCGGUACACAAACUAUGCCGCGACACGGCGGCCGGUCGGUCCAUUUCGGAAACGCGUCGAUUCCGCACCGCACACCGACACCAUCAUCACCUCCGCGCGCGCUACAACAGUCGACUUUAAUACCGUAUGAGGAUCCACGCACAGCGAGACACUCGCUGCCGGAAUUCUACGGUACAAGGUAUCGCCCGAGGGCCCGGUACGAUUUAUUAACAACUCCGAAUCGAUAUUGA